AUGCUAUACGAAUCCAAAGAACCCCCAUUAGAAGUCAGAAUCUCUCAUAUUUCCUCUAAAUACAUUUACAAAGCCCUUGCCAAUAAAAGUAAUCCUGCCACUUCUUACCUUAAAUCUCUCAGGUAUCUGGUGAAGUCACCACAGGAUAAAAUCAAUCUCAUUAAAAAAUUCCCAAUUUUUGGAAUUUACAUCCAAGCUUCAAGAGACUUAACAAAAAUAUUUCGUAGCACUAUUCCUCCGAAAUUCCAAUACCCUUAUUCUGCCUACUCAUUCUCCCCACAAAUCAACAAUUCUCUCACGAAGUUGAAUAAAGAUGCCUCUCAGGACCUUGUCAACCAAUGUUUCCGGCACUUAGCUGAUAAACUCUUCAAAGAACACACUCAUCUUUACACGGAUGGCUCAAAAUCUGAACUCUCUCUGGCCGUCGGAGCCAGCGUAUACAUCCCUAGUCUAAAUAAAGCCAUAAUGCAUAAACUUCCUGCAGAAACAUCCAUCUUCUCUGCCGAAGCUUGGGCGCUGCUUGAAGCCAUAGGAAUUAUCGAAGAACUUCACUGGAUCAAUUCCGUCAUUUUCACCGACUCACUAAGCGUGCUUCAAGCUAUCUCGCAAUACAAUCACAAGGCCGACAACCACAUUAUAUACAGACUUAAACAUAAGCUCUUUCUUCUAGACAAAUUUAACUUCAACCUGACACUAUGCUGGGUCCCGGCACAUAAGGGAAUUCCAGGAAACGAAAACGCAGAUCAAGCUGCCAAAAUUGCGUCCCGUCAAGGAUUCAUUCCCCCGUUCCGCAUUCCGUACGCGGACUAUUUUGCCGAGAUCAACUGUAAUACCACCAACAAAUUCAGAGCUUAUCUGGAAGAAGCGGCACAAGCUAACGGCACCCAACAUGCUUCUUUAUACCAACAUACUCUUUAUAAGCGCCCUUGGUUUCAUCGCAAACCUCUUGACAGAGAAGAAAUAGUAAUAAUCAACCGACUCAGAAGCAACCACUACAACUUAAAAUACAGCUUAUUCAGAAAAAACAUGUCAGACUCACCAAACUGCCCCUGUGGGGAAGGUCGGCAGGACGCCAAUCAUAUCAUUUUUUAUUGUCCUAUUACCAUUCCGAAAUCAUCUAAUCUCAGACAAUACCUUAAAGAUAAAUAUCCUUCAUUCCAAAUCAACAUCUUUUCUAUCCUUGGCUACCCUACUACUAAACUAUGUCGCCUCAUACUUUCAUAUUUCAAGUCGUGUGAACUCAACAUUUGA